AUGUGUCGAUUUCUAGUCUACGCUGGCUCCUCUCCGAUAAUUCUCUCCAAGCUCGUUACAGAACCCUCACACUCCAUUCUCACUCAGUCAUAUGACUCACGUCUUCGCCUGGAUUCUCGACGUCCCGUUAACGGCGAUGGCUUCGGUAUCGGCUGGUACACUGACCUCAGCCUCGGGCCGGAUCCCUGCAUCUUCACCUCUACGCUCCCAGCCUGGAACUGCGUGAAUCUCGAACGCCUCGCUCCAAAAACCGCCAGCAAUCUGAUAUUCGCCCAUGUACGCGCCACAACAGAAGGCUCGCUGGCUGAGAAUAACUGCCACCCUUUUCAGCACGAGACACUGAUGUGGAUGCACAAUGGCAACAUUGGAGCGUGGAAGUUCGUGAAACGUCCACUUGCAUCGUCCUUGCGGGAUAAGUGGUUCUUAGGCGUGCGUGGUGGCACAGACUCAGAAUGGGCAUUUGCCUUGUUCCUCGACAAUCUCGAGUCAUUAGGCGUUGAUCCCUCGAGCACACCGCCCGGCGGCUUCGAUCCCAAAAUGCUCCGCCGAGCCAUGAAAGCAACGAUUGCGAAAAUCAACGCCUUCAUCAAAGCCGUCCCCAAAGAACACGGAUUAGACGACGUCGAGACUCGAUCACUCCUCAACUUCGCCGUCGCAGACGGCCACAGCGUCAUCGUCACACGCUACGUCUCCUCCAAAAGCGAUGCUGCCGCCUCACUGUACUACAGUUCCGGCACUGCGUGGGUGGAGGGUCCCUCAAAGGGCCAGUUCCGCAUGGAGCGUCGAGACAAAGCCUCCGACGUCGUGCUUGUGGCGUCCGAGCCACUGACGUUUGAACGACACAACUGGCUCAGCGUCCCCACCAACACCAUCGUCACCAUCUGCGACCAGACCGUCUAUGUGAAACCCAUCAAAGACGAGUACUGGGACGGCGACCCCAGCCGCGAGCGAAGCACGGGGUUUGCGAGGAGCAAAGGACUUGCCGCUAAGACACCCGGUGGCGGACAGGAGACGCCUGGUUCGGAGACGCCACAACCAGUGGUGAACUUGAACGGUGAGAGGAAGACAGUGCUGGGGAAAGACGACAUGGAUUUUUUCAAUAUGAAGGUCAAGGAACUGGGGUUGGGGAAUGGGUGUGUGGAGCGGGAUUGA